AUGCCGCAAAUCUGGGGAAUUCUUGAAAACUACGGGUGGAUUAUUGUAUUCUCUAGCCUCUCAUUAUACUUGAUUUAUCAAAAAUGGAUCGCAGGAUUGGUGGAAAGUCGAAGAAGCGCAAAAUUGCUGGAAGAGCGUAAGAAAUUUGAUGAUGAGGUUGGGAGGAAGGAGAAGGAUAAUGUGAGAGCUGCGAGGUUAAGGCAACAAGAAAAGCACGAUAAAUUGGAGGAAGAGGAGAGGAUUCGCAGGGAAUUGAAGAGGAAAGAGGAGUUGGAGAGGAUUUUGAGUGAGAAAAGUGUGCUGGAAACUGUUGUGGGAAGUUUUGAACGUAAAAAACCGGAAGAAAAUAAAGAAGAACCACAAUCCGCUGAAGAAAUCCUGGAAGCCCUGAUUUCCUCCAAGCCAAUUAUAAUUUUCACCAAAUCAUUUUGCCCGUUUUCCCGAAAAAUCCGGCAACUUAUCGCAACUUAUCGCCUAGCCCCAGAACUCUAUGAUUUUAUCGAUUUGGAUGAUGAGGAAGGAAAUUUACCAGCAGAAGACAUUCAAAAUCUCUUUGCCACCAGGUUUGGCGCCCUGAAAUCGGUGCCAAAAAUGUGGGUGAAUGGGGAAUUUGUGGGUGGGUAUGAGGAGAUUUUGGAGUACUCGAAGGCACAUGCAACAUUUUUAUAA